AUGCAAUUCACCGACGAACAAGCCGAGGGUGUGAAGAACUGGGUGGUGAAGAAACUGGAGGACAUCUCUGAUGCGGACUCCGACGUACUUGCAGAUUAUGUCCUGGCGCUCAUCAGAUCCGAUGCGCCGGAUGAAGAGAUCAAGAAGGUUUCAGUCGAGAACUUGGAGGACUUCCUGCGCGAAAACACAACUUCUUUCGUUGAUGAGCUCUUUGCCACAUUUGAUCCCAAAAAAUCCGCUGCGCCGCCAGCGGCCCUUCCUCAGAGCCAGGCGCAGUUCCCCAGCGAUCUCCCGCAAUCUUUUCCCCCGUCUCAGCCACAGCACCCGAUCAAUGCGCCAACCGGCCCGAGGGGUUCUCCCUACGGAUCAGGUGGAGGACAAGAUGGGUCGAAUUUUCCUAGCCGGAAACGUACAUAUAACGAGGGAUUCCAGGCAGACCAAGAACUUCAAGAGGGCAUGCUCCAGAACCGCGCUUUCAAAACCCCACGGCGUGGUGGAGGAAGAGGUGGUGGCCGCGGAGACUGGAUGGGCCGGGAUGGCCCACAGGGACAGCAGUUUGCGCAGCCACCGCCCGGCGGGUUCCCUAUGAUGCCUGGAUUCCCACCAUUUGAUCAGAACGAUCCCAUGGCGGCGAUGAUGGCUAUGCAGAGCAUGGGGUUUCCGCAAAUGCCAGGAAUGCCGCCUAUGCCUGGAAUGCCCGGUGCGCCGCAGCCCGGCGAGCAGAUCAAUCAACGCUGCCCGUUCUAUGAUACCCAGGGUAUUUGUUACUUGGGUGCCGCAUGUCCGUAUCAGCAUGGAGAUGCUGGAAAAGAGGAAGAAUAUGAUCCAAAGAACUUGGGCCGUAUGGCCGACUCCAGGGGCCGGGGACGUGGUGGCGAACGUGGACGCGGCCGUGGCCGAGGAGGCCCUACUGGGAGAGGACGAGGCGGCCGGUCUGAGUUCUCGUCGGCAGGACCGAACGAGGACCGAACAAUCAAAACGAUUGUGGUUGAGCAGAUCCCUGACGAUAAGUUCUCUGAGGAGGCCGUGCGGGAGUUUUUUUCUCAAUUCGGCAACAUCACCGAGGUCUCGUUGCAGCCUUACAAAAAGCUGGCUUUGGUCCAAUAUGACACGUAUUCCGAGGCCAAGGCGGCUUGGUCCAGCCCUAAGGUCAUUUUUGACAAUCGCUUCGUCAAGGUCUACUGGCACAAACCCGGCCGGAAGGACGAAAAGAACGGAGAGGCCCAGCCAGAAGUCCCGGCGUUCAAUCAGGAAGAGUUCGAGAAGCAGCAAGAAGAAGCCCAAAAGGCACAUGAAGAAAGGGUAAAGAAACGUCAGGAGACCGAAGAAGCCAAGCAGGCUUUAGAGCGGCAGCGUGAUGAGCUGUUCAAAAAGCAGCAGGAAGAAAAAGCCCGCCUGCUGGAACGUCUCGGCGGAGCUGCAGAGCCGAGCAAUCGCUCUGGCGCCGCGGAGGGUUCGUCUGUCGAAGCACCAGCUGAUGAGAAUGCCAGUGAUCAGACCAAGCAACUGCGUGCACAGCUGGCGGCUCUCGAGGCCGAGGCAAAGAGCCUUGGGUUGGAUCCCUCAAAUGCUGACGCCGCUGGUGGGCGUGGUGGCUACCGUGGUAGGGGCCGCGGCCGAGGUGGCUAUCGUGGACGCGGCGGAUAUGACCCUUCGUACCGCGGAGGAUAUCGUGGACGGGGUGGAUAUGCGCCUCGCGGCAGAGGCGGCGUACUUCGUCUGGAUAACCGGCCUCGUCGGGUUUCUGUGACGGGCGUCGAGCUGAACUCGGACAAGGACGAAGCGCUGAGACAGUAUCUGAUUGGCAUCGGUGAAUAUGAAUCCGUCACGGCUAACCCGGGCCAUUCCGACUCGGUGAUCGUCUCUUUCAAGGAACGCUACCAGGCCGAGAAGUUCAUGUUCAGUACCUGGAAUAUCCCUGCGGUGGGCGAGGUCCAACUUGAAUGGGUGGCUAACCCGCCUAUUGCGGCUUCGACACCAACCCCCGCGGACGAGGCUAAGACAGGCCCUGAACUGGUCGAGGAUGAUCAAGACACUGUCAUGCAAUCCGAGCCCGCAGUCAAUGAAAUGCCCGCUGGCAAAGACGGAGCCCAUGAUAUGGAUUAUGACGUUGCGGAGGAGGAUAGCUGGGGCGUGGAAUGA